CAGGUAGUGUGUGUGUGUGUGUGUGUGUGUGUGUGUGUGUGUGUGUGUGUGUGUGUGUGUGUGGGUGUGUGUGUGUGUGUGUGUGUGUGUGUGUGUGUGUGUGUGUGUGUGUGUGUGUGUGUGUGUGACACCUAUUGUGCCUGCAUAUCUUGUGCCAACCAGAUAUGAUUACAACAGAAAGUCACUUUUCACCAGAGACCUGUGCUACUGUAUCAGGAGCUGCUGUUCUUCGCUAAUGAUGAAAUCGGACACAGGUGACGUGAAAUGUCUAAUGUCAGCUGUCACUGAGGAAAACAACAGGAUGAGCAGGAGCUCAGGACGUCCCUCCUGCUCGUCCUCUGGUCCGGCCUCAGCCGUGGCCUCCUUCCUGGUGGGGCUGCUGUCAGGAGCUGCUGGAGGUCUGCUGCUGGGAGCCACAGCCGUCGUGGUGCUUCAGGCUCUGGAGCUUCUGGACGGAAACCAGCUGCUGGUGGAGAAGCUGCACGACUUCAUGGCGGUCAGAGGAGCCAACGCGUCCCAAAGCGCCUGCAGCGAGCGGCAGCUGAACGUUGGAGUGUCCGUCCUGGCCGAGGCCUUGGGGGUGCUUUGCUGCGUGCUGUCGCUGUGUGCAGGAGUGUGUGCUGGGUUGUGGGUUCACGCUGUGAUGACUAGAAGCUGCAGAGCAGCGGUGGGGGGGGGGGCUGUGGCUGUGGCUGGGACCGUGAGUCUGCUGUGUGUGGCUGCGUCUGGAUCAGCUCUGGGUCGAACUCUGGAAACAAGUCUGGCCUUUAUUUCUACUGUGGACUUUUCAAUGUGGUUGUCUGUUUCUUUGUUCGUCAUUGGUCUGACCUUUGUCAACUUACUGAUACUGAACCUUCUCCAUCAUUAUUAUUAUGAGUUGUCAAGUUCCUUCUUCUUUCCCAUCAUAGUUUUGAUUUUAACUCCAGGAGCCGUUUACACCAUCGUUUUACUGGCUUUGUUCUUUAAAACAAAGCUGCUGCUUCUCGUGGUCUUGGUUCCAGUUGUGUGCGCUUGUUUCCCACUAGAGAAAACACACGACUUCCAUCUGAUCACUGCACCUGUGCUCCUGAUGCUGUGCGUGACUGAGCUUUUCAACAUGGCCGACCAGCCCAUCGUUUCCUUCCGGUCUGUGACAUCGGCCGACGCGGUCGGUGCCGUUCACGAAGGCGUCUUUGUUGGACUCUUGGCCUCCCAGCUGUUCGCAGCUGCUGUAGGGAUGUCUUUCGUGGCGUCUUGGCCCAAAGGUGGAGCAGGUAGAACCUGUGCUGGUGCUGCAGGCUGUGGAGCAGCGCUCCUCGCUGCCGUGGAGCUGGCGGCGCCUGCGCUGGGUCCGGGUCCCGCCAUAGGAGCUGUGCUGGGGGCGGCGGGGGCGGCGGGGGUGUCUCUGUGUGCAGCGGGGGCGCUGGCAGCAGUGGAGCGCUGUGUGUGGGUGGGGAGGUUGGGGGUGAGCGUGGGGGCGGCUGCAGGAGCGCUGGUGUCGUCGUGCUCCCACAGCGGACUGUCAGGGACCUUCAUGGCCGUGUGUGCUGCUGCCGUUCCUGCUGGACUCUAUCUGCAGCUGAUGCUCAGCUCCGUCCACAAACGCUGUGUUUGGCCAAACCUCAGGUUCUUGUACGGUUUCCUGUUGUUGGCGGCUGCUUUGUUGUGGUUUAACUUUGCCUGCACUGAUCAGCCUGAAUCCUUUGGGUUGAUCCCACUGGCACUGAUUCCAUUUCUUGUGUGGGUGGUGCUUUUGAUGCACACGCUGAAUAUGGACAAGUGAGUUCCUGUGGAUCCACUGUGACACAUGUGACAGGUCACAGGUGUUACUGUAUGGAAAAAAUUGUUUCUUCUUUAUUCUAUGCAGUUAUUCUAUGAUUUAUGACUUUUGUUCUGUGAUUAAUAUCUUAUGUUUUGUCUUCCAUCUGUUUUAUGUAUUUGACAUUUCACCAAUUGUUCAAUGAUCGUCUCUGCCUGAUGGACUCUGGACUCUAGCUCUGUCUCUGUUUGUUGAGACUUAGUGCUCCUUCCUCUCUGAUCGUCAGACGCCAGUGAUGCAGGUGUGAGAAUGUAAACAUCUUCACACACUGUGACAGGGAUGAGACGGUGCAUCAGUCUGACUGGGCCACACAGACGUUCCACCGUAGUCGGACAGAGGGGUUAAAAGGCACAAGCAACUUGAGGAUCGUGGGCUCUUUGCAUCACACCUUCGUGGUGUGUGCACUGAUCUCCAGCUGGUUUUUGGUUUGUUGAUGUGACAAUCAACAUCCAUGCUUUUUAUUUGCUUUCCCCAUUAUUUAUUUUUUCCUUUAUUUUUAUAAUAGAUCACACAAAAAACAACUCUCUCAUCUGCCUCUUUAUGGGAAAUUUCCUCCACACAGACUUUAUGGAAACAUUCCAGUAUAUGGUUUUACAUGAACUGGUUGACUCUAAUGUGAAUUGUAGUGGCUUCAGGAGACAAAGGUGCUGAGAGGCUAAAAUAGAGUCUUGUUGGUCAGAUGCAAGAAGGAAAACUUUGCUAGGAGGAGGAUGGAUGAUCAAAGAACAUCACCUGGAUGUUCCUGCGUCUUUGAGUCAUAGCUACUCGAAACAAGCUGAUGAAAGGAAACGGCUUUGCAGUGACAGCAACAGCUUUAAACUGAACAACUAAAACAAAGAUGGUUAAUUUUAGACAGAUGUUCAAUCUCUACUUUCUGUAUAUCUGUACAUGUUUUUGUAUUUGUUUUUAACUUUGUGUGUGAAUAUUCUAUAUUAAUAUUCUGCUACUUUGUACUUUAUUCUGCGUUUUUUUACAGCUGUGAAAAGGGGAUUUCUCAGUUUGGGAUCAAUAAAGUAUGUCUAUCUACUGUA